AGGGUCCGGCGCCAGCGAGCAGCGCCGCUGCCUCCUCCCGCCCGCAGCCUCCGCCCUCCGCGGCUGGCCAGUCGUAAGCGCGCAGGCAGCUCGCCCCCGGCUCGGACUCAGCCUUGCACACGGCUCAGCGCUCCCGAGCUCUGCGCAGCCGGCACCCCGGGCGAGCGAGUGGCUGGCUGUGCGCGCGCCUGAGCCAGCGUGCCGGGUGGGCUGCGGACUCCCAGCAGCGUCCUCCAGGCUCUGCCUGCCGAGCCAGCCCGCCAGCCAGUCAGUCAGUCAGCCCGCCAGCCGCCCGCCGCCCGCCAGCCGCCCGCCAGCCGCCCGCCGCCGCCCGCCAGCCGCCCGCCAGCCAGCCCUCCCGGCGCAGCAGCAUGAACGUCAGGCGGGUGGAAAGUAUCUCCGCUCAGCUGGAGGAGGCGAGCUCCACAGGCGGUUUCCUGUACGCCCAGAGCGGUACCAAGCGCAGCAUUAAAGAGCGCCUUUUGAAGCUCUUGCCCUGCUCGGCUGCCAAAACGGCGUCUCCUGAUAUCCAAAACAGUGUCGAAGAUGAAAUGGAAAUGGCCACUGUACGGCAUCGACCAGAAGCUCUUGAACUGCUGGAAGCCCAGAGCAAAUUCACCAAGAAGGAACUUCAGAUUCUCUACCGAGGAUUCAAGAACGAAUGCCCCAGUGGUGUUGUUAAUGAAGAAACCUUCAAAGAGAUUUACUCUCAGUUCUUUCCACAGGGAGAUUCAACAACAUAUGCACAUUUUCUGUUCAAUGCAUUUGAUACUGAUCACAAUGGAUCUGUGAGCUUUGAGGACUUUGUGAUGGGUCUUUCCAUUUUGCUUCGAGGGACAGUGCAAGAAAAACUCAACUGGGCAUUUAAUUUGUAUGACAUCAAUAAAGAUGGAUAUAUCACUAAAGAGGAAAUGCUUGACAUAAUGAAAGCGAUAUAUGACAUGAUGGGUAAAUGUACGUAUCCUGUUCUUAAAGAGGAUGCUCCCCGACAACAUGUGGAAACAUUUUUCCAGAAAAUGGACAAAAAUAAAGACGGGGUAGUUACCAUAGAUGAGUUCAUUGAAAGCUGCCAAAAAGAUGAAAACAUAAUGCGCUCCAUGCAGCUCUUUGAAAAUGUGAUUUAACAUGUUGGUUAGAUCUCAAAUUUAAUAGACAAAUGUGAACUAUUCUAAAACAAUAUUCAAGUUGGAAUUACCACUUUUAGCAUAGACUGCUCAGCUUUACACUGAAGCAUAUUAUGCAAAUAAGCUUUGUUUUUAUUAUAAAGCCAUCCCCAAAAUUAUGUUUCCAAGAUAUCAAUUUGCAUCCUUUUCAUUAUGUCACUAAAUUAAUGGGAUGUUCUAAAAAUUUCCUACCACAAAGCUAUUCAAAGAAAUGGUACCUGACAAACACAUAAUUUUAUCGGUACUCCAACCCUGGAAUUAUUGAGGCUUUCGCACAUCAAAGUGAUGUUAUGAUAGUGUUUUUUGCUACCCAUUUGUAUUAGAAUCCAGCCCCACUAUUGUUUUUUUCCCCCUAAAAUAUUGGCAUCAGUGUUUAAUUUAUAGAAAUUAGAUUUCAUUUCCAUAUUUGUAUGCUGUAAUCCCAUUUAUAUACUUUGAGUAAACAAAAACAAUUCUCGCUAUUAAAAAUGAUGCAGUCCCUAUUUUUGUGGGUUUUCCUCUUUUUGUUGAAGUCUCCUUUUGCUGAAGCCUUCAUUUAUCUGGCAUUUUUCUACCAUUAGAACUAAAACGAUUACCUGGUGACGGCAUACUUCUUUUGAGUAUGGCUCAUUAAUAAGUACUUGUUGGUUUUCCGUAUUAGAACCCAAAUCCCACAUAAUAUAUGUAAUUUGGGACAUGCUCAAGGUGACGGCCCCAACUAGGCUUCACACUUCCUUUGAAAUAAGGAAAUCUAGUGGAUUCCGGUAUCACUACAUAAAUGCCCAUAUUGUCUACAAUGAAGACAAGGAUUUACCGUCCCCCAGUUUUAAAUUAUGGCUCACUAGUGCAUGAGCAUCUGGUACGCGUUAAUAAUUAACAGCAAUCAGCCUAGGGUCAGGAUCACCUCUGGCCUGACCUCCCCCCUUGCAUUUCUGUCACACAGAGCUGCAAAGACAAAGAACACUUGAUGAAACAAUGGGGAAGGACAUUAGCAUAAUUUCAUUUUGAAGGAAAAACUAUCAUACUGUUAACUAUGAUAACGGAACAGUAGAGAAUGCCUUAUCACUUCAAUUAUUUAAUUGGAUUAUGUAAAGGGAUUAACAGCACACAAGCCCCAAUUUUAAAUAUUAGUUUCCAGGAUCUUAAGCCCAUAAUGUCAAUUUUCCAUAACAAUACUAAAGAUAUAACCAUUGUCAUUUUUUUUUUCCUGAAAAUAUCACAAAGACAAAAACUUCUGAGAUAGAAGGAAUCUGCGACUUUGUUUCACAAAAAUAAAUCAGGGAUCUAUUCUGGUGUCAAGAUAAGAAGCUGAAGGAUGUUCUACUAUCACCAGUGUAGGAAGAAGAGUAGUACAAUACAUGUACACCUGAACUUUGCCAUUAGUGUGUGUGUGUAAGCUCGAUGUAUACAUUUUGUAUUUUAAAAAGGAAAAAUAAACAAAAGUAGAAUGUAUAUAAACUUAA